GCGACCCCCACCAAAGAAGACGCCCUCUGAUGACGCAAGCCUAAGCGCGACACGCAGAGCAGACUGGAGAGCAAGCGUGACGGCAGCACUGUAAAGAUUUUCACCUGCUAAAAUGGUGAAGUCCGGAAAACUUCGAUCCGGAACAGCCCAGAAAAUCAGGCGAUGGAAGAAGGGGCACAGUAGUGACUCCAAUCCGGAGACAAGUCGCUAUCGAAAGGCCGCGAGAAGUCGAUAUUUCAGCCGUCCCUCUGAAAAAAGUGAUCUGACAGUAGAUGCCUUGAAACUCCACAAUGAGCUUCAGGCAGGAUCUCUGCAGAGAAGCAGCGAUGCCAUGGAAGCAGGAGAUGCCAUGGAAGAUAAAGCCCUGACAGAGAAAACCUCUGGGACUUUUCUUAGUGGACUGUCGGACUGCUCCAACCUCACUUUUAGAAAAGUACAGCGCUACUGGGAGUCAAACUCUGCAGCACAUAAAGAGAUCGUAUGCUGUCUAGCGACUUUGCUGCGUAAACAGGAUCUGUCCGUCUGGAGUUACCCUUCAACUUUACAGAUUUACCAUGGGCUUUUGAGCUUCACAGUGCACUCUAAACCAAAGGUGCGAAAAGCUGCGCAGCAGGGUAUUUGCGCAGUCCUUCAUUACAGCGACUUCAUGUUCUCUGAUAAUGCCCCGGUCCAUCACCCAGCAGCAGCCACCACAGCCAAAUUCUGCUGCAAAGAAUUGGAGCAGUCAGGAGGCAGCAAAGAAGACACUACCACUCUGCACAUGCUUGGUCUUCUAAAAGACCUGCUGUCUGUUUUUCCUCUGAGCUCUGUAAAAUCUUGCUGUGAGACCCUUCUCCGUGUGAUGACCCUGAGCCAUGUGCUGGUAACAGCAAAUGCAAUGCAGGCUUUCCACAAGCUCUUCAGCAGCAAGCCUAGUCCUGCCAGCAUGUCUGCAGAACUGAAUGCACAGAUCAUCACAGCUCUAUAUGACUAUGUUCCAAGUGAGAAUGAUCUGCAGCCUUUACUAGCAUGGCUUGCUGUAAUGGAAAAAGCCCAUGUUCAUCUUUCCAGUUUACAGAGCUCCCUGAGUAUCGGUCAUCUUCCUCGCCUCUUCUCUGUCACCAUGUCGUGUCUUCUGUCUCCACACACACAAGUAGUCUCUGCUGCGACUCAGACUCUGAAGACUCUUUUAAAUGAGUGUGUGGCUCCGCAAAUGGCUGAGAUCGGAUCCGUUUUACCAAACACAUCAGCUGGAAAUGGGGCUUGCAUCAUAAAGAUGUUUCAUAUCGUGGAGGAAGGAUUGUCCUAUCGUUUUCAUGCCUCUUGGCCGUUUGUGCUGCAGAUCUUGGGCUGUUUCUACCGAGCUGCAGGAAAACAGGCUCAUCCUAUUAUGAUAAAGAGUCUGCAGUCUCUCAGUGACCUGCGGGCCACCCCUCAGUUCCCCUUCUCUGGAGAGCUGGAUCUGGCUGUGGGCAGUGCGGUGGAGAGCAUGGGCCCAGAGGUGGUCCUGAAAGCUGUGCCCCUCCUCAUCACUGGAACAGAUGAUGACCUGGAGUUCCCGCAAAGCUGGCUGAUCCCAGUCUUAAGAGAUAAUGUGAAAAACACUCAGUUGGCUUACUUCACCUCAUACUUUUUGCCUCUGGCAAACAAACUUAAACAGACAGCUGAUGAACUGGAGCAGUCAGGACAGAAAUUGAUGGCUAAAGUGUAUCAGACUCUACAGAUGCAGAUUUGGACCAUGUUACCUGGGUUCUGCACUAAACCCACCGAUCUGUUGGCAGCGUUUAAGGGCAUUGCUCGGUCUCUGGGUAUGGCCCUGAAUGACCGCCCUGACCUCCGUCUGUGCAUCUGCCAGGCCUUGCGGACUCUUAUCAACAAGAGCUGUGAAACAGAGGAGGAAAAGGCAGAAUUGCAACGAUUUUCCAAGAACUUCCUUCCAAUCCUAUUUAAUGUCUACAGUCAGCAGCCGAAACCUGGAGAGAUGGCGUCUGCUAGAAUGGCUGUCCUGGACACAAUCAGGGUCUACCUGAGCAUUACAGAACAGGCGAUGGUGUGCACAUUUCUGCAGAAAGCAUCAGAGAGACUCAACAGUGCAGACAACUCUGAGUUCACACGGCUUGCAGUUAUCGACUUGAUUGUGGCAAUGGCUCCGUUUGCAGAUGAAGCGUCCAUGACCCAGACAUUCAGUUUGAUUAAACCUUUUGUUGAGAGCAAGGAUUCUCGCAUCCAGAAGAAAGCCUACCGUGUGCUGGAGGAAAUUUGUGGAGGAGAGAGUGCAUCUUGUAAGGCUUUUGUUCUGCAGAAUCUCGAGCAGCUGAAAACAAUGCUGAUGGACAGCCUGACGACAGCGGCCUCAUCUUCCAAACGGCCUAGGCUCAAGUGUCUGAUUCACAUAGUGAAGCAGCUGAAUGAAGAACACAGUGACUUUAUUACAGCUCUGCUUCCUGAGGUCAUUCUUUGCACUAAGGAAAUGUCUAUUGGUGCCCGCAAAAAUGCCUACUCUCUUCUAGUUGAGAUUGGAAAUGCAUUUGUAAGGUUUUGUGGGAACCUAAAAGAUGCCAUAAAUGAGUAUUUAGGCCAUGUGUUUAUUGGUCUAACUAGCUCUGUAACGAUGAUCACCUGCACAGUUCUGGCUUUAACAAGACUAGUGUUCCAUUAUAAAGAUUCCAUUGCCGUGUCCUCACUGGAGCUGCUGCUGCAAAAUGUGUGUCUUCUGCUUUCGAGCAGGACACGAGACGUCGUCAAAGCCUCUCUGGGUUUCCUAAAAGUCUUGCUCUUUUCUAUGGAUGUCAAGGUUUUAGCCAGCCAUAUUGCUGUUAUUAUGGAAGGCAUCAGCAAUAUGAAUGAUAUGCGAAGACAUUUUCGGGUGAAACUUAAGAACAUUUACACCAAGUUGAUUAGGAAAUUUGGAUUUGAGCUGGUCAAAAGCAUGUUGCCAGCUGAUCAACACAAGAUUCUAGUGAACAUCCGUAAAACAGAGGCCAGGAAUAAGAGACGCAAACUCGUGAUCAAGACGGAAGAGGACGGAUCAGACACUGAGGAUGAGAAGCCAAAAGUGAAAGAAGAGAGUAUUGAGGACAUUCUGGCCGAGACUGACUCUGACUCGGAUGAAGAUGAGAAACCUAAAAAGGGUCAGAAGAAGCCAAUGAAAAAAGGCCAGGCCUGGUUAAAGGAAGGCGUAUCUGAUGAACCACUCAACUUCCUUGAUCCAAAAGCAGCGCAGAGAGUUUUGGCCACCAACCCUAAUCUAAAAAAGGCCAUCAAAACAGAGCAUGGAUUCAGGAUGACAUCCGAUGGAAGGCUGAUCAUCAAAGAAGAGGAGGAGGAUGAUGAUUAUAAAGCAAAAGAUGCUGAGAUGGAUGAUGUACUUGAAGAGGCUGGAAUCAAAACUAAGAAGAAUCCAAAGAGGAAAAUGCAUGAUGAUCUAGAUGAUGAUAUGGAUGUCAAACCUACAAUGAAAUACAAAGCUGGUGGCAUUGGAAUACACAGGCCUCUGGAUAGAAGACCAGAGUUUGGGACGGAGUAUAAAUCUAAGAAGGGAAAAGGUGAUGUUAAGAAAGCAGGCAAGUGUGACCCAUAUGCGUAUGUACCAUUGAAGAAAGCCCAGCUCAACCGCAGGAAAAAGGCCAAACUCCAAGGCCAGUUCAAAGGAAUGGUCAGAGGGGCCAAGAAAGGAGCACGCUCUGGAUCGAGAAUACUGAAGAAGAGGAAAGACUAAAAUGUGUUCUUAUUAUGGUCUUCCUAUGUCUAUCCUCAUUUCCCAUGGUGUGAUAAGAUUGAAGCUAGAGAGGACUUGUUUUCCUGUACAAAUGCUUUGAGAACUUCCUGUGGAAGCAUCUCUUCAAAAGAUGAUUUCAAGAUGUUCUAGUUGAUGUGUGCUGUGGUUGGAUUU